CGUGGUUGGGGGUUGGUGGGGUGGGGGAAAGAGAGCAGGGGCACAGGACCAUCUUUAGUGCUGGAAAUAAUGUGAGUGUCCAGCUGAAUGGCCAAAAUCUGCACGGACUGGGAGGUGAGCCUUGGAGGUGAUGAGGAGCCAUCCUUCUGAAGUCCUUCUUUGAAACACGGAGCCUCCAGGUGGGCAGGAUCAUAGAAUCAUUGUAGAGUUGGAAGGGACCUUGAGGGUCAUCUAGUCCAACCCGCUGCAAUCUCAGGAAUCUCAGCUAAAGCACCCCUGACAGAUGGCCGCUCAACCUCUGCUUAGAAACCUCCAAGGAAGGAGAGUCCAUAACCCCCCAAAGGGAGUCUAUUCCGCUGUUGAGCAGCUCUUACCGUCAGAAAGUUAUUCCUGGUGUUUAGUUAGAAUCACCUUUCUGAUAACUUGAAUUGGUUCAGAUCCUGCCCUCUGGAGCAGAGGAACACAAGCUUGCUCCAUCUUCCAUGUGACGGCCCUUUAGAUAUUUGAAGAUGGCUAUCAUAUCUCCCAAGGACAUGGGUGGUGCUGUGGGUUAAACUACAGAGCCUAGGACUUGCCAAUCAGAAGGUCAGCGGUUCGAAUCCCCGCAACGGGGUGAGCUCCUGUUGCUCGGUCCCUGCUCCUGCCAACCUAGCAGUUCGAAAGCACACCUGUGCAAGUAGAUAAAUAGGUACUGCUCCAGCGGGAAGGUAAACGGCGUUUCUGUGCGCUGCUCUGGUUUUCCAGAAGCGGCUUAGUCAUGCUGGCCACAUGACCCGGAAGCUGUACGCCGGCUCCCUCGGCCAAUAAAGCAAGAUGAGCGCCGCAACCCCAGAGUUGGCCACGACUGGACCUAAUGGUCAGGGGUCCCUUUACCUUUAUCAUAUCUCCCUCUCAGACUCCUCUUCUCCAGCCUAAACAUGCCCAAUUCCUUCAACCAUUCCUCAUAAGGCUUAGUUUCCAGACCCUUGAUCUUAUUGGUUGCCCUCCUCUGCACACGUUCCAGCUUGUCAAUAUCCUCCUCAAAUUGUGGUGCCCAGAACUGGACACAGUAUUCCAGGCGGUGGCUGAGCAAGGCAGAAAAUAGUGUAUUAUUCCCUUGAUCUGGACACUAGACUUCUGUUGAUGCAGCCUAGAAUAGCAUUAGCUUUUUUUUUGCUGCUGCAUCACCCUGUUGACUCAAGUUAAGCUUGUGGUCCACCAAGACCCCUAGAUCCUUUUCACAUAUGCUGCUAGUAAGCCAGGUGUUCCCCAUCUUAUAUUUGUUCAGCUGGUUCUUCCUGCCUAAGUGCAGAACCUGACACAACAAUUAACACGAGAACAUCCUUAGCAGGGGUAGGAUUUGACUUAAUAUUCGGUGGCAGUCACUGUUGGCAAUAGAAAGGCUGAUCCCAAACUCUCAACAAAAACUAAGCAUGCAACUUAAUCCAUGAGCUAGUGAAGACUAAGUUAGCUUGGCAGGAAAACUGGCGCUGGUAUGGUAAAUUUUGACGUGCACGCAGGAGCUUAUCCUGACAGCCUCCCUAGGCCUUGCCCCAGGUAAAGGUAAAGGGACCCCUGACCGUUAGGUCCAGUCGUGGCCGACUCUGGGGUUGCGGCGCUCAUCUCGCUUUAUUGGCUGAGGGAGCUGGCGUACAGCUUCCGGGUCAUGUGGCCAGCAUGACUAAGCCGCUUCUGGCGAACCAGAGCAGCGCACGGAAAUGCCGUUUACCUUCCCGCUGGAGCGGUACCUAUUUAUCUACUUCCACUUUGAUGUGCUUUCAAACUGCUAAGUUGGCAGGAGCAGGGACUGAGCAACAGGAGCUCACCCCGUCACGUGGAUUCAAACCCCCGAUCUUCUGAUUGGCAAGUCCUAGGCUCUGUGGUUUAUUUAUUUUUUUAAAAAUAAUAUUUAUUAAUAAUUUCAAAAUUGCAGAAGAAAGAAAAAAAUUAAAAACAACGCUACAAUACAUAGGAAAAAAACCAAGAGAAAAAAAAGACAUAAAAACCAAUGCAACUAUACAGCAAAAAGAUAAAAAAGGAAAAAAAGAAGAAGACACAUCCCAUAUUACAUAUCUUUAACUUCCAUUUGCUUGUUUCAUUGACCUCCUCACACCUCCCUUUUUGUAUUCUAGUUUAAUUGAUUAUUUCAGCAAAUUCUUUCCAUCUUUCUCAAUUUUUACUAAAUAAUUUAUCUUAACCAUUUACCUAUUAAUUAACUCAACAAAUCCUUUCCAUCCUUUCCCCAUAUUCUGUUAUUCAAAUUACCUUAAGUUAUUUAACCUUAUCUUACCAAAAAAUACUUUAGAGCUUAACACUUAAUACUCGAUUAUGCAUAACUCCUGGUAUCUUUUCUACUAGAGUCAUAUAGUUUCAUUCCAACAUUUUCCCUAAUGUUCAUUAAUUUUAGGCUAAUUCCCUAGAAAUUUUUUUUUCUUUAUAAAUUUUCUUCCAAUCUUCAUCCAACGUCUCUUCUUCCUGGUCUCGGGUCGUGUCAGUCCUUACUGUCCAUUCCAUCUAGUCCAUCAACCUGGUAAUCUAAUGUCCGAGGCCCUUAAGUCUCUUCCAUGUCCCUUCUGCAGAUGUUCUUCUUCUUGUUUAUACUUGCACUUUUCCUUGUCUUUUGUUGGUCUCUUUCUUAGUUUCUUUCCUUUCUCGUUGGGGAGUAGGUCUCUGGGGGAUUCCAACCCAAAAUUAUCUUCGUCUCCCUUCAUCCAACCAGCCCAUUCCCCAGAGUCCCACUCCCACAGUCAUCAAUGUAGUCCAAAAAAUAUUUAAAAACAUAUUUCGAGGUCUCUCCAAAGUUAAGAAUCUCCUCAGCUCCAGACUCCCCCUGGCCGACUCCAACUUCAAUCUUCAAAGACAGCGGCUUAUGCUCCUGUAGGGCCUCGGGUCUCUCCAUUUGUAUUAUUUGAGGUGCAACCGCAACCUCCUCCAUUAUCUUCUGCACUUGCCCAAUCAGUACAGGUUCCUGAGUUGGUCCCUGAAUAGUUUCUGUAUCAAUAUUCCCUGUUUGUCCACAGUUAUUAGCCACAACAGUCAUCAAAUCCAUUUUCUCAUUCAUCAAAUCCAUCUUCUCAUGCAUCUGUUCCAGCAAGGCACUUGUCUUGCAUAAAGCAAGCACCAAAACUUCCUCCCAGCUCAUAUUUAGUCAAGGUCAAAAAGGCCUGGUCCCACGAUCUUAAUCUGACAGCUGUAGAGUCCUCAAGUAGACUGCAGCAACAAUUUAACAAACUCCUUCUGGAGGAGACAAUUUCUAUUUGUAUCCAUUUUUUCAAGGCAAGUCCAACAAAGGAAAAUUACUUUCGUUUUUCAGAUAUUUUGUUUCUUUAGAAUGCAGAAGGCAACAUUGGAAUCAAUUUAUUUCUCUUUAGCUAUCUGUCAAAGUAUUCCAUUCACAGUCAAUGAACCUCUCCAAGAAUUUCUGUCUCUGACACCCCGUUCCCAGGUUAGAGACAGUGGAAACUUAUCUUUCUUGACUCCCUCUCCUGCAGGCGUUACAAAGUCCCCCCCCCCUUUUCUCCUGCUUCCAAGGGGGUUUCAGUAAUUAUAAAUGAAGGAAAUUUAAACUUUUUUAACGACUUUCCAGGCUUUAGCUUACAGGGUUUUUGCUUCAGUCUAUGUACAAAAAGCGGAAGGCGGACUUCCUGUUUUGAACCUUCCCGCUUCGGUGCCAAAUUAAAGUAUUUCUUGAUCCAAUUUUCUGUUUCUACUCACGGGUACUUCUUUUAAAUCCAAUUGUCCACAGGAAAAAGUCAGCGCUCUCCGGCAAUGGCUGUGCGGCUUCACUCCGUGAAAGUAGCAAUCAGCUUGCAGCACCGCGCCACUCACCCCACUUCACUCCGGAGCCCCAAAAUGGGGUUCCCGGUGUGUAGGGGGGGCGCUCCUGGUGCCCUGCCGAACCCCACGUUCCCAGGCUUCCUCCGCCUGGGAUUUCUAGCGGGUCCCCACCUUCGCCGCGGCGGGAAGACCCAGUUUCCACGGAGCCUGUUCCUCCGGUCGGAGGAACUCCGCCAUUCGCCGAUGGCGCUAACCCGGAAGUCCGGCUCUGUGGUUUAACCCACAGUGCCACCCGCGUCCCAAAGGAUAGUUUAAAAAUGCAGACCCAAAUCCCCCCCCGCUGCAAAGAGCCCAUGGCACAAUAGCUGAUUUAUCAGGGUUAGCAUCACUGCAACUUUAUGCAGCGUGUCUGUGAGUAAGUUCCAUUAAACUCACCAGUCUCAGCUUCUGCCUGCCUAGGGUCCACUUGGAAAACACAUUGAGCUUUCCCCAAGGAUCUUCAGUCAGCUGAAAUGCACACUCUAAGCUGCUAGCGUGAAGCGGGGACCCCAUCAAAGGAAAGGGAAGAUGUAUCCAGCCUCUGAUUCCCUCCCUGCUAAUCUUCGUAUCCAUGCCUGAUGACCAAUACCUUUGGGGGAGUUGUUGAUCACACAUGAACAAUACAUUUACCCCCCCCCCAAGAAUCCUGGGAACUGUAGUUUGUGAAGGGUGCUAGAAACCCAAACCCCCAAACUACAGAUGUGACCUCUGGUUCCCUAUGGCUCAAAUGCAUGGCUUGCAACUACCAGGAUUAUUGUGGGCCCGAUUCUGUGGAAUGCCCUCCAGGCUGAGAUCAGCUCUUCCUGGUUGAAUGUUGGGUGUUUGAUGAGGACUAGUUUUUAGUUCAGCAGACAUUUCGAGGACAUUAUUUUAUUUUUAUUUGCAUAACUUAAGCUUUCACCUGUGUUUUGGGUUCCUUUAAAACAUCAUUAUUAGUUGACUGAUGAAUUGCUUUUAUUGAUUGUUCUGCAAACCGCUUUGUGACCAUUUAUGGUGAAAACGAAAAGCAGUCCAGCAAAUAAUAAAUGAUAAUAAUGCUAAUCAUCUGCCACAACUUAAAGCCUCAACGUCACCUCCAUCACCUGUAAAGGGAGUCCAGCAAUUGCCCUAUAGAUGACAUCGUCACGCCUUCUUUCAAAAGGGCUGUGCUCCCAGGGGUGGAAAGAUCAGUUCAUUUUGGUUCUCUCAGUUUCUCAAUUUUCAAAUUUUACAUGCAGCUCUCCACAUUCCUGCAGCAACCUGAGUUCUUUUUUUAAUUCUCUUGAAAAUUAUUCAGCAUUCUAGUGCAAUUUUCUGCAGAUAAACACAUUUUUGUAUGCAAUUUUGGCUACGGUACACUCUUCCUCAAACAAUUUCUCCCAAUGGAAUGCAAUUUUGUACAGUACUUUCCUGAAUAUAUUCAUUUUCAUGAACGCUUUUACCUAAUGUGUGGAUUUUUGAUUUUUUUUUGCAAAUGUUGGAUAACUGCCUUGCAAAAUUCAGAUAAGUACGAACUUGAGUGGAUGGCUGUAUUCUGCUCCCCACCCUGUUUCAGAAAGUGGAAAUUUGAUUGAUCACUUGCACUUAACCUCCAGAGCACCACUGGCAGGAUUUUUGCCUUGCAGGGAGUUGGGCCCCUUCCAACUUUACAGUUUUAUGAUAAGUCCUGACCUGAUGGCCCCUCAUUGGCUCCCUCUCUCAUUCCUGCUUCUGCUUCCACGCAGGUAACAUCACGAUGCUUCUGCAGCCUCUUUCCAACCCUCCCCAUGCCCAGGGAGCGGGCGAUGCCGUCCUGCAAGCAGGCUCCUUCCCCAAACUUGAGCGGCUCCUGAACGUUCUCCUGCUCCUGGCGGCUCUUCACUUCCUCAUCCAGACGGCCAUUUAUUUCUCCUGCCUCUUCCUCAUCCUGCCCAUGGGGUUUGUCGUCUCCAACGUCAUCUCUGGGUAAGUUGGAAGGGGAAGAGGGAGGUGAGCGUCUUGCCAAAUGCAAGGCGGUUCUUUUAAGAACUUUCUGGUGGCAAGAGUUGUUGGGCAGUGGGACAGACAAGUUGGAAGGGAGGCCCAGGGAGGCCCUAGUCCAACCCCUGCUAUACAGAAUUCUCAACUAAAGAGCCCCAGACAGGUGGUCAUUCAACCUCCAAGGAAGGAGAGUCCACCAUCUUUUGUGCGCGUCCGUCCCACUGCCCAAUAACUCUUGCCACUAGAAAGUUCUUCCUAAUGUUCAGUCGGAAUCUGCAAUCUUGUCAUUUGAAUCAAGUGUUUUGGGGCCUCCCCUCUGGAGCAGCAGAAAACUAGCUUGCUCCAUCCUUCAUGUGGCAGCGCUUUUGAUAUCUGAAGACGGCUCUCAGAUUUCCUCUCACUCUCCUCUGUGGGAAUGUUCAGGGAGGCAGGAGAGGAUAUAUUGUUUAAUAAUAUCCUUCCUAACUUGCGUUAGCAAGUCCCUUUACUUAGCAGAGUGCAUUCCCCUUUUAAACACACAGCGGUUAGCUUGUUGCAAGCUUGUUUAAGCUUCUCAGUAUAGGAUUCCUGGUAAUCCCCCUUUCUCUCCCUUAAAAGAAUAGACACGACACAAUCUUGUGUAAAGUAUUAUAAAAGAAGUUUACUCACACAUUUAGUUCACAGAUGGACCCCUGAAGGCAGACUCAGUUACAGACAUAUACAUACAUGUGAGUCAAUCCCAUCUGGAGAUAGUUUCUUUUUCCUCUGUUGGCUGAACGCUGAAAGCCAACAGAGCAUCUCUAGCUAAAAAGAGCUGUUGCUUGUCCUUUUCGUUACCUAGACAGGUAAGGUCACGCCCACCUCUAGUCACAUGCAAGAGGAAGUAUGUCCCAGUCAGGAGGAAACAGGAAGUUUUCCACUCACUGGAGCAGACAUUCCUCUGCAAGUCCACUCUAGGAAAACAAGGAAUGUUGUACUUGACUGCUAUCUAUGUAUCACAUCCCACAUCCUCUUCUCCAAGCUAAACAUACCCAACUCCUGUGAUCAUUCCUCCAAAGGCUUGGUUUCUAGACCUUUGAUCAUCUUGGUCUCCCUCCUCUGCACACCUUCCAGCCUGUCAACAUCCUUGUUAAAUUGUGGUGCCCAGAACGUGACCCAGUAGAAAGCAGACUUAGAGCAAAGUCCAUUCCCCAGAGCUUAACUGACAGCAGAAACUUGCUGCUGCAAGAUGUGGAGACUGAAAAGGACGAGUGGACUGCAUUAGACCACCUCUAGUUUCCUUUCUGUCCCCUCUCCCCCUGGUACAUCCACAUUCGGCACAUCCUUGAAGCUCGCAUGUCCCUGCCAGUUUAUUUCAUUUUUGUUGCAUUUUCAUUUUCAUUUACAAACUUGCACUCUUCGAUAUGCCUUAGAGACCUGCCUUGUGUAGGGAUGUGAACAGAUGCUGGGAGAAGAUUUAUUUAUUAGCUCUUAUCCUUCCUUCUUCACAUUUGUGAGUUCAGCAGAGUGCCAUUCCUUUGCAGCUUAAAAGGAAGCUUAGAUAGGCUAGUCUUUUAGUUUAAGUAAUCCAGGAUGCUUUAAGGCAGAUUGGAUUCUCCUGGUGCUUCCUCCCUUUUCCUACUCUUAAAACAACAACCACACAAACAGUCUUGUAAAAGGUAAAACAAUAACAUUCACUCAAAGUUUCUGCUGCAGAAUAACAGAUACAGCAGCUUUGUUCUGGCAGGCUUAAAAUGGUAAUUCAGUUACAAAGACAUGCUUAAAGGUAAAGGUAAAGGGACCCCUGACCAUUAGGUCCAGUCAUGGCUGACUCUGGGGUUGCGGCGCUCAUCUCGCUUUAUUGGCUGAGGGAGCGGGCGUGCAGCUUCCGGGUCAUGUGGCCAGCAUGACUAAGCCGCUUCUGGCGAACCAGAGCAGCGCACGGAAACGGCGUUUACCUUCCUGCCGGAGCGGUACCUAUUUAUCUACUUGCACUUUGACGUGCUUUCGAACUGCUAGGUGGGCAGGAGCAGGGACCGAGCAAUGGGAGCUCACCCCGUUGCGGGGGUUCGAACCGCCAACCUUCUGAUCGGCAAGUCCUAGGCUCUGUGGUUUAACCCACAGCGCCACCCACGUCCCUACAAAAGACAUGCUUAGGUCUAGUUUAAGAUGGAGUUUCUGAGCUGUAGCUCAGACUUAGCAGUUGCUCUCACAUUUCUACCUUGGUGAUGACAGGAAGAGUAAAAGAGGAUGUGCUCAGGAAGGGAAGGACAAUAUACCCUCCCUGUGUCAGGGCACAGUGGGAGUGCUCUCACAAAGUUCUCUCUAGCAAACUUACAGGAAAACUCUGUGAGCUUCAGCGUCUCUCAUGUGUCUAUCUAGCAAACGCGCAUUGUUGGUUUGACUGCAUUUUAAAUAUCCCACACCUUGAAAAGGUAAAGGUAAAGGGACCCUUGACCAUUAGGUCCAGUCGUGGCCGACUCUGGGGUUGCGGCGCUCAUCUCGCUUUACUGGCCAAGGGAGCCAGCAUACAGCUUCCGGGUCAUGUGGCCAGCAAGACUAAGCCGCUUCUGGCGAACCAGAGCAGCGCACAGAAACGCCGAUUACCUUCCCGCUGGAGCGGUACCUACUUAUCUACUUGCACUUUGACAUGCUUUUGAACUGCUAGGUUGGCAGGAGCAGGGACCGAGCAACGGGAGCUCACCCCGUCGUGGGGAUUCGAACCGCUGACCUUCUGAUCGGCAAGCCCUAAGCUCUGUGGUUUAACCCGCAGCACCACCCACGCCACACCCACACCUUGAACCACUCCAUUAUUUCAGAGUGGGUCUCUUUUGCUUCCAGCCACCUUGCAAAUAGUCCCACUUGCUUCUCCCUUCUGUCCUCAGGGCAAACACCAUAAUGGGCGCUGCAUCUUCCGAGAACCUGAGGACGGGGCAUGCCUUGUGCCAGGGGGCCGCGGGGGAGAGAGCCCAGCAGACGUCCUUCCACCUUUACGUCCAGGGGAUUGAGGAUCUGGUGAUGUCCUUGGCGGUCGCUUACUUCCUGGUCCGUGUUGGGCUGAUCUUCUGCAACCUCGUCUUCAUCCUGCCCUUGAUCUUCUUCCUCAGUGAAAGGAGCUGCUCUUGAGAGGAGCAACCACGAAUAAAGGGAGAGCUUGGAAACAUUGGUCCUGUGUAGAGCCGCUCUUUGGCAGGUGGGCCGAGCUGUUGUGCUGGGAAUGGAGAGGCUCAAGUCCAUAGGCCAGAUGCUAUUGUUUAGGCUUUUAGUCAUGUCCGACUCUUCGUGACCCCCUGGACCAGAGCACGCCAGGCACUCCUGUCUUCCACUGCCUCCUGCAGUUUGGUCAAACUGUUGUCUUUGUCCAUGGAGUUUUCUUGGCAGGGAUACUGGAGUGGCUUGCCGGUUCCUGCUCCAGGUGGAUCAUGUUUGGUCUAAAAUCUCCACUAUGACCUUUCCAUCUUGGGUGGCCCUGCAUGGCAUAGCUCAUAGCUUCUCUAAGUUAUUCAAGCCCCUUCGCCACAGCAAGGCAGUGAUCCAUGGAGGGGAUGGGCCAGAUGAGGCCCCCCAAAAACCUUUGCACCUGGCCCAUGGGACUCUCCAAAGGUCACACCCUCUUGCCAGUCCUUCACCCUGCCCCCCUUGAGUGAAUUUGCCUGUCUGGAACUGUCUAAGAGCCCUCUGGCAGUAAAUCACACUGUUCAAAGUUGGAGUUAACUUACGGUUACCAGAUUUCUUCCAAUGAAUCUGGGGACACCUUUUUUUUAAAAAAAACAAACUGAGUAGCAACAGGGAGUCAGUAUAGUGGUACCUUGGGUUAAGAACUUAAUUUGUUCCGGAGGUCCAUUCUUAACCUGAAACUGUUCUUAAUCUAAAGCACCACUUUAGCUGGGGCCUCCUCCUGCUGCUGUGCUGCUGCUGCACAAUUUCUGUUCUCAUCGUAAAGUUCUUAACCCAAGGUACUAUUUCUGGGUUAGCGGAGUCGGUAACCUGAAGCAUCUGUAACCUGAGGUACCACUGUAGUGCGGAUGGUGAGGCAAAAGACCCUGGGCCCAAGCACACAUGCAUUUUGUAUAAAGGUGCAAAGCCCUUCUUUCACACCCUGUGAAACAUAAAUGCGCAGAGUUUAUAAAAAACUGGGCACUGCCCGUCCGUGACUCCUGAGCCUCCCCCAAUCUCCUGCCCCCUUCCUCCUUUAUUUUAACUGAUCAGGGGAGGCUCAGGAGUCACGGGCGGGUGGCUAUUGCCCAGUUUUUUAAAAACUCUGCGCAUUUAUGUUUCACAGGGUGUGAAAGAAAGGCUUUGCACCUUGCCUGACAGAGAAACCAUGUGCCUUGCACCCCCCAUGGGCAGCGCCUGCCCGCCAGUGACUCCCGAGCCUUCCCCGAUCUGUCAAAACAAAGGGGGAAGGGGGCAGGAGAUCGACAGUGGCGGCGGGAGUGAGCAGCUCCUGAAGCCAGCCAGAGCCAACUGCGCUACCAGGCUGGCUCCGGGCUGCUGAGGCUGCCACUGCCAUGUUUCCUGGGGACAGAUUUGCAAAUCUGGGGACUGUCCCCGGGAACUGGGGACGUCUGGUAACCCUAAGUUAACUCUUUACAGUGGUACCUUGGGUUACAGACGCUUCAGGUUACAGAGGCUUCAGGUUACAGACUCCGCUAACCCAGAAAUAAUACCUUGGGUUAAGAACUUUGCUUCAGGAUGAGAACAGAAAUCGUGUGGCGGCAGCGGGAGGCCCCAUUAGCUAAAGUGGUGCUUCAGGUUAAGAACAGUUUCAGGUUAAGAAUGGACCUCCAGAACGAAUUAAGUUCUUAACUCGAGGUACCACUGUAUUAGCAAAAAACAGGAUCUCUGCAGACUUGGUUGAGUGUCAGGCCUAAUGAGCGCAGCUGUUCACCCCCAGCAGGUCUUGCCCCAUGAACCUGAAAGUCCUCGCCUGCCAACAGCUGCCUAGGUCUCCUCUUCUCCAGAGCUUUCCCCAAGCAUUCAGAGACUGCGCCUGUGUGCACCCUACCCCUGCUCUUCCUGUUUCAGCCCUCUUCUGGUCCUGGGGACAAGUGGAGAGUGGAGCUUGUCUCGGCAGGAGGGGGAGACACCCAUGACUCUGCCCUAUCUCUGCCUCUUGGUCUCCCUCCUCUCCUGCUUCAGCUUCUGCCACUGAGUCUGGUCUUCUCUCUGCCACAGACUCUCCCAGCUCACUAAGCCCUGUUGCCUCCUCAGCUUCCGAUGCCUCCUCACCCCAAUCUUCUCCCUCUGACCUCUCAUCGUCCCACCACCAACCUCCAGGUUCUGAGCCUUCUUCCCUCGGGGGUUCCUCAGCUGGUGCCUCCCACUGCUCCUCUGCAUUCAGCCAGUCCAUGACAGUUUCUAUAUUCCUCUGUUCAUCUUGCCCAGUAAGAUAAAGGUAAAGGGACCCCUGAGCAUUAGGUCCAGUCAUGACCGACUCUGGGGUUGCAGUGCUCAUCUCGCUUUAAUGGCUUUAAUGACUAAGCCGCUUCUGGCGAACCAGAGCAGCGCACAGAAACACCAUUUAUCUUCCCGCCGGAGUGGUACCUAUUUAUGUACUUGCACUUUGCCGUGCUUUCGAACUGCUAGGUGGGCAGGAGCAGGGACCGAGCAACGGGAGCUCACCCCGUUGCGAGGAUUUGAACCACCAACCUUCUGAUUGGAAGUCCUAGGCUCUGUGGUUUAACCCACAGCUCCACCCGCGUCCCAGUACCUGACCCCUAAUGUGGUGCCUAUGAGCAACACAGUGCCCUCAGGCACCUGCAAGGCCUGCUUCUAAUUUUAAAAAAUGGUGUUCUUUGGUUUGUUUUAUUGACUGAGGGCAGGGCUUCUUCUCAGCCAGAACUCAGUUCUGGCACCUCUCAGGUGGGCGCCACUGCCAUUAUAAGAGAACAAGAGAGGCUUGCUGGUGAGUUCUGGCGCCUCUUUUUCUAGAACUAUAGCACUAGUCACCUUUUUGGGGAUGGGGAUAUUGCCUGCUCUUUGUUUGCUUGUGAGUUCUUUUGGGUUGCAUUUGUAGGUAGCCAUCAAUAGCCCUCUCCUCCAUGAAGAAGCAUUGAAUUGUCCACUGUGAGGAACUUUGUUAGCUCAAAAAUGGAAAGUACCAGAGUUACCAACAAUAGAGGAGUGGCAGACGAAGAUGGUUGAUUAUGCGGAACUAGCAAAACUGCCAUGUAGAAUCCGAAAUCAGGAGGAAGCAAAAUUCCAAAAAGACUGGAGUAAAUUUAUGGAGUACAUAAAUAAUAACUGUAGAAAUUUGAAGACUCUGGCAGGACUGAAAUAAAUCUUACGAUGUAGAUAGGACUGGAUACAAUAAGAAACGGUGGAAAAGUAACUGACAUAAGAAAACCUGUUGAAAGGAGGGAAGGAAGUCAAUGCUCAGCAGAGUGUGGGGAAAGAAUGUGGGUAAACGAUUGUUGAAUUUUACUGUAUUUUGUUUGUUUGUAUUAAAUGAAACACAAAUAAAAAGCAUUUUUUUUAAAAAAAGAAUUGUCCAUUGUGAGAACUGGAUGGACUAGAUGGGCCACUGGCCUGAUCCUGCAGGCUCUUUUCGUGUUCUCAAGACCGAAUGUCCUCCUUCUGCUGUGUAUGUGCCACUAAGGUCUGUUCCUGUUGCACCUGCUGCUAGCAGCACAGAAGCAUUUGUGCUCAUGUUCUGAGCUUCCCAGAGGCACCUGCAGGACCCAGGCUCUCUGCUUAGAGUGACUCUUAGCUUCCAAUUGGUUGCCUGUUUGAUGACCUCACAGGUGGGUGGCGGCUUUGUCCUCUGCUUCACAAUGGGAGCUCCCGGGGCAGGUGCGGUCCAGGGUCUCCCGCCAAGCAAUGGUGCCUUGACCAAGAUGCUGCAGCCGCUGGACUCCUGGAGCUCUCUCCGGGCCACAGGUUAGCUGCAGACUGCAGGCUAAGAGGUUUGGAGCCUGGAGGUCAGAGGACAGCCUUCUGGGUGGGAAUCUGGCACCGGGAAAGUCAGCAGAGCUGCCAGGUAGCACACUGCGGCUUCCGCCCAAGGAUGUGGAUUGUUGCAUGCCUACCUAAUCUUUGAAAGGUGAGCAACUUCCGGGGUUCCAGCAGUUACUCAGGGUUCUGUUGCCUUGGAAUGAAGGUCAGCGGAGACAGUGGUAGAUUUAGGAUACAUGGUUUUAUUUUCAUGUACAGACAACCUGGGCGUAAGAUGGAGAGGCUCUAACAUGGGACUGAAACUGCCUUGGUCGCGCUGGUCGAUGAUCUCCGGCGGGCUAGGGACAAAGGUGAGAGCUGUUUCCUAGUUCUGCUGGAUCUCUCAACGGUGUUUGAUACCACUGACCAUAACAUCCUUCUGGACUGUCUAGAGGGGCUGGGAGCUGGAGGCACUGUCAUACAGUGGUUCCGCUCCUUCCUCCUGGGCCGUGUUCAGAAAGUGGUGGUGGGGGAUGAGUGUUCAGACCCCUGGGCUCUCACUUAUGGGGUGCCUCAGGGUUCCAUCCUCUCCCCCAUGAUUUUUAAUAUCUACAUGCAGCCGCUGGGAGAGAUCAUCAGGGGCUUUGGGCUGGGUGUCCAUCAAUAUGUGGAUGAUACCCAGCUCUACCUCUCUUUCAAAUCAGAACCAGUGAAGGCGGUGAAGGUCCUAUGUGAGUGUCUGGAGGCGGUUGGAGGAUGGAUGGCGGCUAACAGAUUGAGGUUGAAUCCUGACAAGACAGAAGUACUGUUUUUGGGGAACAGGAGGUGGGCAGGUGUGGAGGACUCUCUGGUCCUGAAUGGGGCAACUGUGCCCCUGAAGGACCAGGUGCGCAGCCUGGGAGCCAUUUUGGACUCACAGCUGUCCAUGGAGGCGCAGGUCAAUUCUGUGUCCAUGGCAGCUGUUUACCAGCUCCAUCUGGUACGCAGGCUGAGAUCCUAUCUGCCUGCGGACUGCCUUGCCAGAGUGGUGCAUGCUCUGGUUAUCUUCCGCUUGGACUACUGCAAUGCGCUCUGUGUGGGGCUACCUUUGAAGGUGACCCAGAAACUACAACUAAUCCAGAAUGCGGCAGCUAGACUGGUGACUGGGAGCGGCCGCCGAGACAACAUAACACAGGUCUUAAAAGACCUACAUUGGCUCCCAGUACGUUUCCGAGCACAUCUGGUGGGAGAGCCUUCUCGGUGGUGGCACCCGCCCUUUCACCAGAUGUCAAAGAGAACAACAACUACCAGGCUUUUAGAUGACAUCUGAAGGCAGCCCUGUUUAGGGAAGUUUUUAAUGUCUGAUGCUGUAUUGCUUUUUAAUAUUCAGUUGGAAGCCGCCCAGAGUGGCUGGGGAAACCCCACCAGAUGGGCAGGGUAUAAAUAAAUUAUUAUUAUUAAUAUUAUAAUUAUUAUUAUUAUUAUUAAACACAGAUCUUGCUUCUCCAUUAGUCACAGCUGUGGAUCCAGCACAGAGCAAGGAGGUCUCUGUGUAUCCAGUUUCCAACCAGCUCAGCUGUCACACACCACACCUGGCUAUUCUUCUCCUGGGAUUUCCACCUGCAAUCAUGUCGACUAACAUGCCAAUGUGGGGAGGGGUGAUUUUCAGCAGGACUGGUGGGUGAGAGAGGAGAGAAUCUUAUGCAUUUCUUUCUACUACAACUUUGAUGAAAACCACCCCAUCCCAAGACGUAGUCCUAUUGAAAACCAUCUCUUUCCCUCCCUAUGCUAUGCCUGCCAUUCAUUCUUUUGAAAAUCUUGUGCAAUUGCAAGUUGGACCUCCAAGUCCAAACUAGGGGUACAACAGAACUGGAAGGGUGAGGGGGUUCCUUCAAAAACAGAAUGGCUGAACAAAUUGGUAGAAUUUGCUGAAUUGGCUCAAAUGACAAACAGGCUGAGAGGUAAUGUUAACCAAAAAAUUAUUCAAAAAUGGGACAUGUUCAAGAACUACUUUAAAAAAAAAAUACCAUAUUUUUCACUCUAUAGGACACACUUUCCCCCCUCCAAAAAUUAAGGGGAAAUGUGUGUGCGUCCUAUGGAGCAAAUGCAGGCUCCUUGGCUUCAGCGAUAGCAACACGAAGCCUCCGAAGCGCAGAGGGAGCGCUCCCUCUGUGCUCCGGAGGCUUUGCGUUGCUUUCGCUGAAGCCUGGAGUGUGAGAGGGGUUCUCCAGGCUUCAGGGAUAGCCGCCUGAAGCCUUUGGAGUGCAGUGGGAACUCGCACUGUGCUCUGAAGGCUUCGGGUUCCUUUUGCUGAAGCCGGGAGAGCAAGACUCUCCCGGCUUCAGCAGAGAGGGAGAGGUGCGCAGCGCCCCUUCAGCAAAGCGGGAGGAGAAAUGGAAGGGGCUCCGUUUCUCCUGCCGCUUCGCUGAAGGGGCGCUGAGCAGAGAGGGGAGAAUUUUUUUCCCUGUUCUCCCCCUCCUAUGGUCCGGUGCAUCCUAUGGUCCGGUGCGUAGAGCGGAAAAUACGGUAACAGUCGUGUGGCUUCUUUGACAGCACAUGAAUGAUUUCUGUUUACAUGAAUGAAAAGGUUCUAAAAUUUAGUAAGGAACUUUAAGAUACUAUAAUUAGUAUAAUGUUAAGUUUUGUACAACAGGAAAGUAGAAAAGGUAAAAGCAUUGGGGGUGGGAAGUCUCAUGUGUAUAUAUGUAGGUGAAAUAUACUCAGAGUCGCAAAGUGAUUUCAUGCUCUUUAUUCAGCUCAUAGUGGUGAGGAGGAAUGAGUGAAUGUCCCCUCAAAGUAUCUGCUUUAUAUACAUUAUUUACACAAUGGGCUGCACAUGAUUGGCUAAUUCUGGAAUUCUACUGUAAGCCAGUCAGGUUGUGGAUUCACUUCUAUCUGGAGCAUGAUUGGGUAGUUCCUGCCAACCAAUCAUACUGCUGCAUUGUUCUAGGACCAAUCAGACUGCUGCAUUCUGAAUCCUAUUGUUCUAGGACCAAUCAGACUGCUGCAUUUUGGAUCCUAUUGUUCUAGGACCAAUCAGACUGCUGCAGUUUGGAUCCUAUUCAACUCAGUACAUAACAGUAGGAGUGUAUGGUGAAUUGUAUUUUGAAUUGACACUGUUUUGUAAUCCCCCCCAAAAGACCAUAUAUAAUUAUAGUGGUACCUCUGGAUGCGAACGGGAUCUGUUCCGGAGCCCUGUUCGCAUCCUGAUGCAAAUGUAACAAUGCGACUGCACGUCUGCGUGUGUGCGGGUCAUGUUUAGCCGCUUCCGCGCAUGCACAUGAUGUCAUUUUGAGCGUCUGUGCAUGCGUGAGCAGCGAAACCCAGAAGUAACACGUCCGUUACUUCCGGGUCGCCGCGGAGCGCAACCCAAAAAUAUUCUUGCCAAAGCUACUUCAACCCAAGGUAUGACUGUAUGUUAUCUUAUCAAGUAAAUUCAAUAAAAAAUUAAAAGCAAAACCCCCCCAAAAAACAAACUAUGGGUGCACACUUUGAUUGACUAAAUCAAUCAAUCAGCCUGAGGCUUUCAGCCUGAGAAGAGCUAUGCUGGCAGGGGGCUUAUGAGAGUUGUAGUUUAAAACAUGGCUGUGCUAGCCAGGACUCAUGGAAGUUGUAGUCUAAAACAUUCCUGUGUUGCAGGAGUUGGACUAGAUGGCCCUUGGGCCAAUUGUAUUCUGUGGUUCUAUAUGGCUGUCCAGCACAUGGCUGUGCCGGUGUGGGGCUGAUGGGUGCUGUAGUCCAAAGCAUGGCCAGCUGGCAGGGGUUGAUGGGAGUUGUAGUCCAAAACAAUCCAGAGCAGCGGUUCUCAACCUGUGGGUCCCCAGAUGUUGGACUACAACUCCCAUCAUCCCUGAGCUCUGGCCUUGCUAGCUAGGGGUGAUGGGAGUUGUAGUCCAACAACAUCUGGAGACCCACAGGUUGAGAACCGCUGAUCCAGAGGAUACCAGGCUAGGGAAAGCUGCCUCCAUCCAGUUCACCCAUGGUUCCUCUUCCCCAUUCAUUUCCAGGGAAUGCACGCCCCCCCAGCCCUGUGGACCAUGGUGCUGCCUAGCAGAGGAAGAGCCUAGCGGAAGACCCCAGCCAUGUGUGUGGCCACCUUUGUGAUAGUGCUCUCAACCACUUACUACUUCUUGAUGACCGACCGGUUCCAUUCUGAGCUAAUUGCCUCCACCCGGUUCCUUGGCCCCUUGGCUGCCCCGCUCCUUGAUGUGCUGCGCAUCACCUCCGACCUAGGGCGCCACAUCGUCUACUUAUUCAUGUCUGGUGCCCUUGCCUUGCUGCUCUCUACGAUCUCCUCGUGGGUGCAGGAAAAGGUGCUGGAGGAGACAAAGAACGUGGGCUUUUCCUUAGGGUCGUGAAAUCAGCAGGGCUUGGAAACAGCCCUGUUGCAAAACAAGACAAUGUGGGAGCUUUCUAUUUGCCCCUAAACACUGCAAUAAACAUGCCUCCCCCUGCA